AUGCUCUCACGUGUUUUUGCUGUCAAGGCACCCAAUAAACACAACCGUCGCCGUGUGACCGGAUCAAGCGGAAGGAGGAGGGAAGGAAGAGAGGGUGAGCAUCGGAGGUCCAACGUGUCCCGGCGUGUGUUUGCUUCCGCGGUGCUGCUCUUCCUUGUGAUUUGCUGCGCCACUGGUGGGGCUGUGAAGGCUGAUGAGCCAACGUCAGGUCAGGGAUCUUCACUGGGAAAACAUAUUGUCUGGAGAGAUACGAAUGAUAAAGAAACAGUGGUUUCGCUCUAUGCUCCCAGUCUUGUUGAGGUGAAUGGUGGCGUGUUUGCCUUUGCCGAGGCGCGGUUGAAGGAUGGAAAAUAUUUCUUUACUGGGAUUGCCUCGGAGCUCCUUGAGUUGAGUGGUGAAACCCCCAAAAAAUUGGGUGGAAGUAAUUUGAAGACAAAGACACUGGAGGAAUGUUCUUCCGAAGGAGGCAAAAGCCACACUCAGUCAACGAAUUGCACUGGUUCCAAAAGUUUCUACAGCGUACAUGUGAGCCGGCCAACAACAGUUGUGAAGGGAAAUGGCAUUUACAUGCUUGCUGGAAAAUACAACAGGGAAAAUGUCGCUGUUUGUCGGGGUGGGGCUGACGCGGCCUCAUGGGGCCUUUUGCUGGUAAAGGGGAAUGUCAGUGAAGAACAGGACAAAGGAAUUGUUUGGGAAGUUACUGACGAUCUCCCGUGCACUUCGAUUGUAAAACUUAAUGAAUCUUGGGCAUUGCUCAUUGGAGGCGGUGGAUCGGGUAUUAAGAUGGAUGACGAUACGCUUGUGUUUCCCUUGGAAGCAGUGAAGGAGCACGGCACUGAAAGUGAAGCAAAGGAAGAAAAGAAUAACAACGUUUCGCUGAUCUUGUACUCCUCGUAUACUAAGAAUUGGACGCUGUCGAAGGGGAUGUCUGCCUAUGGCUGCAGUGAUCCCUCCGUCGUGGAGUGGGAGAAGGGAAAACUCAUGAUGAUGACUGCGUGUGAUGAUGGCCGCCGCAGGGUGUACGAGUCCGGUGACAAGGGGGCGUCGUGGACGGAGGCCCUCGGGACACUCUCGCGCGUGUGGGGCAACAACCAAAAGCGA